AUGUCGACUAAUAAUCAAAGUGAUCAAGAAAUUCCAUUUUCAACAGAUAAUCCAACGAAUCAAUUACAGUCAGAAAAUGGUGUAUCAGAAUCAUCUCAACAAAUUGAAGAAAUCGAUAUUGCUCUGACUGAUCAAAGUGAUAGUUGGGAAACCGAUGAUGAAGGAGAUUUUUAUUCUGAACAAGAAAAUCAUAGUUUAUCAGAUCGAAAUGAUGAUGAUGAAAGUUAUCUUGAUUUAGGUUUACCAGAACAUUUAAUUGAAUGUUAUCCAACAACAACUGCUGAAGAUGCAUCAGUAGUUGGUGUUCUAUGUGAUAUUUGUCUAAAUGAAUAUAGAUCAGAUGAUAACCUACGAACUAUUCCAUGUUUACAUAGAUUUCAUAGUAAAUGUAUUGAUAAAUGGCUUAAGAAAAAUUCAAAAUGUCCAAUGUGUCGAAGUGAUUUAUUAAAAUCCGAAUGUGAAGAAUGGAUUAUUCAUGUAUAUACAGGCAAUGAACGUUUUGCUGGAACUGAUAGUAAUAUUUUUCUUCGUUUAUUUAAUUCAAAAUAUGGUUAUACUAGUGAAUAUAAAUUAACACAUGAGAAUUGGAUUGUUGGAAAUACUAUUUUUCCAUUAAGAAAUUUAUUUGAACAUGGCGAACAUGAUCGAUUUCGAAUUUUUACUGAUAAACUUGGAUUUGUAGAAAAAGUUCAUGUUCGACGAGAUACUUUUCCAUCAUUUCAAUCUGAUUGGCUUUUGGAUCGAAUCGUCGUAGAAAAUAGUCAUGAUCGUAUUAAAUUUACAUUUAAAUGCAAUUGUUGGCUUCGAAAAGAACGACCAUAUAUAACUGUUCCUGUCUUAUCAGAUUUACACUCUAUUGACAAAAACAAGUCAUCGAAAAAUAAUCAAACGAUUUUAAUUGUUCUUAUCAUUUCGAUCAUUUCAAUAACAUGUAUUAUAUAUUGCAUUAGUGAAUGCUAUCGUCAUCAUCAACAUCGACAUUUUUCAUCGGUGCAAAAUCGAUUUGAAUCAUCGAUUAUUGAUAGAUAUCAUUUACAAUUAUCAGAAUCGUCAACAUCACAAAUUUUUCAUGAGACUAUAGAUCGAUCGAAAAAUAUUCGACAUCCAGUACAAUCUAAUUAUGAACGAAGAGCUACUGUUGGUCAAUCAACAAUGAUAACUUCAACAGAUGAGCCACCAGCUUAUAUAGGUAUGAUAUUUAUUACUCUUAUUUCAUGA